GCUCACAUAUCCAGACCUCACUUUCUCCAUUUCUACCAAUUUAUUUGCAUGAUUAUUCUAUUGUUUUCAUAUAUCUACUCAGCUUCUGGUGAAUUUACAUUUGAGAUUUUUAUUUAUUUUUUGAAAAUUUCUUUUACAUAUGAUGAAGAUCAUUUAACGCCGCUUUCACAGUUUGGUUUCGCAUAAAUUUGUUUGAGAAUAAUUGAAGUUUCUUCCAUUAGUUGCUCCACCAACCUCAUUAACUUGUGUACCACUAGUUGUUGUACAAAUUAAAAAAUAAAGCGGGAUGCAAAAAAGUUUUGGUUUCAUAUAUCAUAUACACACACACUCCGUACAUGCAUUUGUGUAUCACUUUGAAUAUUAUCUAGUUUGCAUUUUUUUGGGACCCAGAUUUAAAAAGCGACUUUUUUCCUUUCCAUUUUAGAUUUAACUGCAGAAGUACUAAUUUUGAACAAAUGGGUAGUGAUUUCAUAUGAUUGGAUAUUAUUUGGGGAAAUUCUUGAUUGUUUAUGUUCAAGGAAUCAGCUUUUGCGUGCUUCUUAUUACUUUAUAUUUUAUAAAUUAUAGUAUUUUGUUGGGCUUUUUGUCAGUAGUGGACAAAAUAUGGAGCUAACCGAAUUAGACUCUUGACUGAACUCGAACGUUUUUGGUUAAGAAGCAGGUGUAAAAGGGGAAUUGGGAGAGUUAUGGCUGGUGUAACUACAGGAGACCUCCCUGACCUUGGAAUUGACGAUAAAAAUGAAAAGGAUAAUAUUGCUGUAUUAGAGAGGGGAGGAGUAGAGAAAGAGAAAGAGAUUUCUCCAAUGCAUCGCUCAACAUCUCGUCCUCAGCUGGACCUGAGUGGAGCUGCAAUUCAGGGUAAUUUUGAAGAGAAGGAUCCUACAAUUCUGUUGCCUAACCAGUCUGAUGAUAUAUCCCAUUUAGCUCUGGAUAUUGGAGGUUCUCUUAUCAAGCUGGUGUAUUUUUCAAGACAUGAGGGGCGUCAAGUGGAGGACAAGAGAAAGAGAAAAGUCAAGGAGAGAUUUGGUGUUUCUAAUGGCAAUAGAAGGAGCUAUCCUAUCCUUGGAGGGAGGCUUCAUUUUGUGAAAUUUGAGACAACAAAAGUUAAUGAGUGCUUGGAUUUUAUCUCUUCCAAGCAGCUACAUUGUGGUGGGUUGGAUACACCUCGUUGGUCUUCUGAGGCUCCUCAGAAUGAGAACACGAUAAUUAAGGCUACAGGUGGUGGGGCAUACAAGUUUGCUGACCUUUUCAAGGAAAGACUUGGAGUGAGUAUAGAAAAAGAAGAUGAAAUGAAUUGCCUUGUAGCUGGGGCAAAUUUCCUGCUCAAGGCCAUACGUCAUGAAGCUUUUACGCAUAUUGAAGGUCAUAAAGAGUUUGUGCAGAUAGAUCAAAAUGAUUUGUUCCCAUAUCUUCUUGUCAAUAUUGGGUCAGGUGUUAGUAUGAUCAAGGUUGAUGGGGAUGGGAAGUUUCAGAGGGUCAGUGGAACAAAUGUUGGCGGUGGUACGUAUUGGGGUUUAGGAAGACUAUUAACAAAGUGCAAGAGUUUUGAUGAUUUACUGGAGCUGAGUCAGCGUGGAGAUAAUAGAACCAUAGAUAUGCUUGUUGGUGACAUCUAUGGUGGAAUGGAUUACUCAAAGAUUGGCCUCUCAGCAUCAACAAUUGCUUCAAGUUUUGGCAAAGCCAUUUCAGAAAACAAAGAGCUUGAAGAUUACAGACCUGAAGAUAUCUCUUUGUCUCUCUUGCGUAUGAUUUCAUAUAAUAUUGGCCAGAUAUCUUAUUUGAAUGCUCUGCGUUAUGGACUCAAGCGUAUAUUCUUUGGAGGAUUUUUUAUACGGGGUCAUGCAUACACAAUGGACACAAUCUCAUUUGCAGUUAAUUUCUGGUCUAAGGGUGAAGCUGAAGCUAUGUUUUUGCGACAUGAAGGCUUUCUGGGUGCUUUAGGUGCAUUUAUGAGCUAUGAAAAACAUGGGUUGGAUGACCUAAUGGUCCAUCAGUUGGUGGAAAGGUUCCCAAUGGGUGCACCAUAUCUGGGAGGAAAUAUUCACGGUCCACCACUGGGGGAUUUGAAUGAGAAGAUCUCGUGGAUGGAAAAGUUUGUCCAGAAGGGAACUGAAAUUAUUGCUCCUGUUCCAAUGGCUCCACCAGGAACUACAGGGCUGGGAGGCUUUGAAGUUCCAUCAUCUAAAGGAGUUCUUCGGUCUGAUGCAAGCAAAUUAAAUGUUGGUGUCCUUCACCUUGUCCCAAGCUUGGAGGUUUUUCCAAUCUUGGCAGACCCCAAAAUAUAUGAACCUAACACUGUAGACCUGUCCGAUCUUAGUGAGCUAGAGUACUGGUUGACUGUAUUAUCUGAACAUCUGCCAGACCUUGUUGAUAAGGCAGUGGCUAGUGAGGGUGGCACUGAAGAUGCAAAAAGAAGGGGUGAUGCGUUUGCUCGUGCAUUUUCAGCACAUUUGGCAAGAUUGAUGGAGGAGCCUGCUGCAUAUGGUAAGCUAGGACUGGCUGACCUUUUGGAACUACGAGAAGAGUGCUUGAGAGAGUUUCAUUUCUUUGAUGCCUACAGGACCAUUAAACAAAGGGAGAACGAAGCAUCACUUGCAGUUUUACCUGAUCUUCUGAUGGAGCUUGACGGCAUGAAUGAGGAAAUGAGACUACUUACCCUAAUUGAAGGAGUACUUGCUGCAAACAUCUUUGAUUGGGGAUCACGGGCCUGUGUUGAUCUCUAUCACAAAGGAACAAUCAUUGAGAUAUAUAGGAUGAGCCGCAAUAAGAUGCAAAGACCUUGGCGGGUGGAUGAUUUUGAUGAAUUCAAGGAGAGAAUGUUAGGAUCUGGAGAGACGAAACCACGACCUCAUAAAAGAGCAUUGCUAUUUGUGGACAACUCAGGUGCUGAUAUUGUUCUAGGAAUGCUUCCACUUGCACGGGAGCUUCUUCGGCGUGGAACUGAAGUUGUGCUGGUAGCAAACUCACUCCCAGCAUUAAAUGAUGUUACUGCUAUGGAGUUGCCCGAUAUUGUUGCUGAAGCUGCUAAGCAUUGUGGCAUUCUCCGAGGAGCUGCCGAAGCAGGUGGCCUACUUGUGGAUGCAAUGAAUAAUGCCCAAGAUGGGUCUAAAGAUGGUCCCGUCUCGGUUCCUUUGAUGGUUGUUGAGAAUGGAUGUGGGAGUCCAUGCAUAGACUUGAGACAGGUUAGCUCCGAGUUGGCUGCCGCCGCCAGGGAUGCUGAUUUGAUAAUUUUGGAAGGAAUGGGACGAUCUUUGCAUACCAACUUUAAUGCGAAGUUCAAGUGUGAUGCUUUAAAGCUUGCUAUGGUGAAGAAUCAGCGACUGGCUGAAAAGUUGAUUGGUGGGAAGAUUUAUGACUGUGUUUGCAGAUAUGAACCAGCUGAAUUGAAGGCUGCUGCGUAGGAUGUUUUUUUUUUGGAAUUGAAGAAAGGAUGUUAUUAUGUAUUCAAAUUGGUUUAGCUGUACGUACUUAAUGCCUAGAUUGAGGCUGGGUGGGAUUCGGAUGUACGGAAUUCAGCAGCAGCAACCAAGCUAAGAAAGAAAUUAAAGAAACAGGCGGAAGGAGAUUCCAUUCCAUAUAUAUAAUUCUGGAGUGAAUUGAAGAACGUUAUAAUUAAGAAAGCAAAAACGUAACUAUUCUAGUAUUCUUACUUCUUCAUAUAUGAAUCCAAUGACGCAUGCAUGCAUUCACCAAUUUCUGAAAUAAUUAAGACGUACUUGUAAGUUAAUUUGUAUUAUUGUGAGUUUGUGCAUUAUGAUUAUACUGCCUACAGUUUCUUGCA